GGGCAUGUGAGAUUCUUAUUCUCUUAAAAUUUAAAUUGAGCCUCUCUGUCUCUUACUUACGACUGUGAUUGUCUCAUUCGAAUCUUAUCGUCCCCUCCACCUAUCUAAUAAUCAGUCUACCUUUUCUAAUCAUCCUAAUACACUACUAUUUUUUAAUAUUUUUUUCCUCCAUUGCUGUGGAAAGAUUCAUUUUUUCAUUAGUAGAGGAGCCUCUCACACCUGAAAGCCCAUAUCCAACACCCUUUUGAUCCUUCGUUCAUUUACAGUGCAUUAAAGCCUUAUCUUUGUUAUUGAAGUCUUUGUCUGCUUGAGUAUUGAUAAUGAUUAAUGAUGUAACGACAGUCUCAUCUUAGCUCUUGAAGGUUCUGCUUUUUUUACUUGAAGAAAAUUUCUUGGAUUUCUUAUUCCCUUCAAGGAAGAGUGGUUUUCUUUCCUGUUUGAUUUUUGGAACUUUGUGCUUUGCAACAAACCCAUCUGCGCUUUUUUUUUUUCCUAUUUUUGAAAGCUUGACUGACUGGCAUGGUAGCCUCUCCUUGCCAAAAAGCUCUCACCUUUUUUUUUCCCUAAAAAUAAGUGAGAUCUUUGAAUAUUCAGAGCUAGAUCUCGUUCUUCUCCAAAUGGCCAUUUUUAUCUUUUAGAUGAUCUGUUAGCCAUGAAGAACUGUUCUGUGCUUUACCCCUCUUCAUAAAAUAAGAUCUUUGAGGUUGGAUAGCUAGAUCUUCUCCAAAAAAGGUCAUUUUUAAGCUUCUGAGAUGAGUUCUGGAAUCACGAAAAGCUUCUACACCAUGAAAGCUUUGUUCUUUUCUUGGAUUUUAAUGGCGGGCGGUGUAAGCGGGAUUGGUGCAAACUGGGGAACGCAGACCAGCCAUCCACUGCCACCGGACACAGUGGUUCAGCUUCUGAAAGACGAUGGGUUUCAAAAAGUGAAGCUUUUUGAUGCAGAGGAUGGCACUUUGAGUGCUCUCAAGAACAGCAGGAUAGAGGUUAUGGUUGGGAUCCCAAAUGAUAUGCUUACCACGCUGGCAACGAAUGUGAAGGCCGCUGAGAAGUGGGUUUCACAGAAUGUUUCCAGUUAUCUCAGCGAUGGAGUCAAUAUAAGAUAUGUGGCAGUUGGGAAUGAACCUUUCCUGCAGACUUAUAAUGGAAGCUUUAUUCAAAGUACUUUACCUGCACUCCAGAAUAUCCAAGGAGCCCUAAUAAAGGCAGGUUUGGGCAGCCGGGUGAAGGUCACCAUUCCUCUUAAUGCAGAUGUAUAUGAAUCAUCAAGCGGUCGGCCUUCUGACGGUGAUUUCCGCUCCGACAUCCACGACCUCAUGCUCAACAUUAUUAAGCUCCUUAGUGAUAAUGGUGCCCCAUUCACCGUCAACAUCUACCCCUUCAUCAGCCUUUACAAUGACCCCAACUUCCCCGUAGAUUACGCCUUCUUUGAUGGGACUUCUUCGCCGGUGACCGACGGCUCCACGACAUACAAUAAUGUGUUUGAUGCCAAUCAUGAUACACUCAUAUGGGCCUUGAAGAAGAAUGGAUUUGGAAAUCUUCCCGUCAUAGUUGGAGAGAUAGGUUGGCCAACUGAUGGAGACAUGAAUGCAAACCUAAACUAUGCUCAGAGGUUCAUUCAAGGGUUCAUGACUCACAUAUCAACCGGGCAAGGCACACCGAUGAGGCCCGGGCCAAUCGAUGCCUACCUCUUUAGCUUGAUUGAUGAAGACGAAAAAAGUAUACAGCCGGGAAAUUUUGAGCGGCAUUGGGGCGUCUACACUUUCGACGGUAUCCCCAAAUAUCAGUUAAAUCUCGGAACGAGGAAUGGCGGUCUGGUGCGAGCUAAGAAUAUCAGGUAUCUAGAGAGGAAAUGGUGUGUGCUCAAGCCUUCUACUAACCUGGACAAUGCUAAUGUGGCGCCUAGUGUAAGCUAUGCAUGUGCGAAUGCUGACUGUACGAGCCUCGGAUACAAGACAUCAUGUGGUGAUCUCGAUGCGAUGGGUAACAUAUCUUAUGCUUUCAACAACUAUUACCAGAAGAAUGAUCAAGAAGAUGAAGCCUGUGGAUUUAAUAAUCUAGCUACUCUGACGACCAAGGACCCUUCUACUUUGAACUGUAAAUUUGAGAUCAUGAUCGACACUGAUUCUGGACUGUCUUGGACACUCGGAAGGAUUAGAGAUUGGAGGAUUAUUGUGGUUUACCUUUUGUAUUUGUCUUUCAUGUUUUUAUUUACAUUGUUUUAAGGUUUUAGUGAAUCUCUCAUUUUGGGGACAUCAGAGCCCAUCAAUGU